AAAAUCAGAGACAAGGAGGAGGAGGAGAUUAGGAAGAUCGAUUUGAACAAUCUCGAUUGAACAAGAUGUCGACUCUGUCAGCUGCCAGGGCAGAUAACUUUUACUAUCCCCCAGAAUGGACUCCGGAUCAAGGUUCCUUGAACAAGUUUCAAGGACAGCAUCCUCUGAGAGAGAGGGCAAAGAAAAUUGGCGAGGGAAUUUUGGUCAUAAGGUUCGAGAUGCCCUAUAAUAUAUGGUGUGGUGGCUGCAAUUCUAUGAUCGCCAAGGGUGUUCGAUUUAAUGCAGAAAAGAAGCAAGUUGGGAACUAUUAUUCUACAAAGAUAUGGAGCUUUGCAAUGAAAUCACCAUGCUGUAAACAUGAGAUAGUCAUUCAGACAGAUCCUCAGAACUGCGAGUAUGUAAUCACUAGUGGUGCCCAGAAGAAGGUUGAGGAAUAUGAAGCAGAAGAUGCAGAAACCAUGGAGCUCACUGCUGAGCAAGAGAAGGGAAAGCUUGCAGACCCCUUUUAUCGUCUAGAGCACCAGGAAGUAGAUUUACAGAAGAAGAAAGCAGCAGAACCGCUUUUGGUCCGUCUCCAGCGAGUCUCAGAUGCAAGACAUGCUGAUGAUUACUCCCUAAACAAAGCUUUGCGUGCACAACUUAGGGGGCACAGAAAACGUGUAGCAGAAGAAGAGGCUGCUUCAAGGAAGCUAGGCUUGGGGAUAAGACUUCUUCCAAAAAGUGAAGAAGAUAUUAAAGCUGCCUCAAACGUGAAAUUCAAGACCAAGUUUGAUAAGAAUCGAAAGGACAAACGAGCACUGAUCCAUGCAUCUUCCAUUUUUCCCGAGUCGUCUUACUCGAUGUCAUCAUCGAGCAAGAAGAGAAUGGAGCUGGAAGCAAAAAGAAGGAAAAUAAGUGCAGCAUCAGCAUCAAGUCUGUUGAGAGGAGGAUUCAAAGCUUCAGCUUUAUCUACAAACCCAUCAGCAAGCAAGUCCAAGGUUUCAUCAGUUUCUGAUGUGCAAAACCUAACACCUCCAGAUAUGAGAAUGAGAAAUAUCGUGGAGAUGGCGGCACGUCUCGUUUCGAGACACGGGUCGGAGAUUGAGAAGAGUAUCAUGAACAUUAAACCCCAUGAUGAAAGAAUCAACUUCAACUUUUUGAAGAGCUCAGAAGAUCCUUUACACGGAUACUACAAGCAAAAGCUCACUGAAUACCAAGAUGACACAGAUACCGAAUUCAUUGAGUCACCUGCAUUUUCUUCCAGAAGAGAUCUUAUCAAGACGGUGGCACAUCUAAUUUCCAGAAAGGGGUUGGAGGAUGAAAGGGAGAUGAUGGACUCCUUUAUAAACAAACCAGGAUCUUUCGGAUUUUUGAAGAGCUCACAUCGCCAUCACGCGUUUUUCCGGAAGAUGCUUACCGAAUGCCGUUCUAGGAAUCAACAAAAUGGAGCUAAUCAGGGAGAUGAUGCUGCUACUACUGAUGAGAAAGUUCUUGUUAAGCCUCAGGAUCAGUUCAUUCUUCUGCCUGGUCUCAUGGAAAUCUGUCUUCCUAAAGGGAUGAAGAUCAAGGAGUUUAAUACUAUGAAGCUCACAGCGCAGUUUGCGGCUUGGUAUGGUAACCGUUUUUGGCUGAAAUUGAGAAAAAUACCUGGUUUCGAGUUCACGAAUGAAACUGAUAGCAACUUCGAUUGUUUCUUUCGGUUUCUUGUCGAGUAUUCCAAAGUAAUUACGCCCCCAAAAGAUUUGGGAGAAAAGAUGAGGAAGAGUGACGCUUAUGCAGCAGCCAUUCAGGAUGGUUUUUUCCGUCUUCUUCAGUGGGAUGUUCUCCAGCCGCUUGAAUGGCGGGAGGGAGGGGUGAUGUCAAUGGUUAAUUGGCAUGCUUCUCUCGAGAAAGAUUUUGCUAACGAGUAGGAUGAUGAACCUCAGCCAAACAGACAAAAGUUUGAUGAGUCUGCCACCCGGUGAUGUUUCCUUCGGGCUCCUACUAGACAUGUCUUCUUUUUUCUUUUCUUUUUUAGCUGAGAUAGAAGAGAAAUGAUGAUAAUUCUGCAUCAAAUAAAGAUAUUUUGUAUUA